AUGCCACGCUCAGGUUGGACAACAUGGCGGGCGGCCGCCUUGGCCUCGAUGUUUGCAGUUGGCGCACUCGGCGACCAAAUUCUGACAACCAGCAGUUUCACUAAUUGCAAUGCAUCAUCAGACAUUGUGGUGAACAACGUGGAUAUUUCCUACAACCAGGACCAAAAGUCUGUCACGUUUGACGUGUCGGGAACCAGCAACAAGGUGCAGAAUGUUACAGCAACUUUGAAGGUCACUGCCUAUGGCCAGGAUGUAUACACAAACAGCUUCAACCCCUGCGACGCUGCGAAUUAUGUGGAACAGCUGUGCCCCGUUCCCGCAGGAACCUUCUCUGCCAAGGGUGACCAGGCAAUUCCCUCCGAAUAUGCCAACAAGAUUCCAGCAAUUGCCUUUUCGGUUCCUGAUAUCGCAGCCAUGGCACAGAUGUCUUUGACAUCACUGGAUGACGGAACGGAGGUGGGUUGUGUGCAAUCCGAGGUUACCAAUGGCAAGACAGCAAGCGUGGCGGCCGUCUCCUACAUCAUGGCCGGAGUGGCAGGAGUGGCCCUUGUUGCCGGAGGUGUCUCAGCAGUCGGUGCCGCAAUGUCAGGAGCCGGAGCCGGCGCCGGUGGUGCUGCCGCCGCACCGAGUCCCAGCUUUGGUGAGGUCAUUGGUGUUUUUCAGGGAUUUGCGACCAACGCUAUGCUUUCGGUCAACUACCCGAAAGUCUACAAGUCUUUUGCCAAGAAUUUUGCUUUCUCCACCGGAGUUAUUCCCUGGGCUUCGAUGGAAAGGUCGAUCGACAGCUUCCGCAACGUGACUGGUGGCAACCUGACCGAAGCCAAUUUUGACUACCUGCAAAAUGCCACACUCGUAUACUCGGAUGGAAGCACGGGCACCGCAGACUCGACUCUCUUCAGGCGCGCCCUUGACGAAUUUGCGCUUUCUAUGCGUGCCCUCGAAACUUCUGUCAACGCGACCAGCACAAGCAACGAGACUUCCACCAGCACGGAGUCGAGUUUCCGUCAAGCCGUCUCUGGUAUUGCUGGCUACUACGAGGAACUCGCGGUUCCCAAGGCUAACACAUACAUGACCGUUCUUCUCAUUGUCGCUAUUUUGAUUGCCGUCAUUAUCGUUGGUAUCCUACUCGUCAAGGUCAUCCUCGAAGCUUGGGCUCUGUUCGGAAGCUUCCCCAAGAGUUGGACCGGAUUCCGAAAGCACUACUGGCAGUCCAUUGCGCGUACCGUGACGCACCUAAUACUCCUCUUGUACGGAAUUUGGGUGUUGAUUAGCUUGUACCAGUUCACCGAGGGCGAUUCAUGGGCGGCAAAGGUGUUGGCCGGUGUCACGCUUGCUAUAUUUACCGCCACUUUGAGUUUCUUUGCUUACAAAAUCUGGAGUACCGCCCGAAAGCUGAAGAAUGCCGAGGGUGACUUUUCCGGUCUUUACGAGAACAAGAGUCUUUGGAUGAAGUACAGUCUGUUCUAUGAUUCGUACAAGAAGGAUUAUUGGUGGAUAUUCAUCCCGGUCAUCGUUUACCUGUUCGCCAAAGGAGCCUCAACAACCCUCCUUGACGGCCGCGGCAUGGCGCAGACAGUCACGUCGCUCGUCAUUGAGGCACUCAUGCUUGGUCUCCUUCUGUGGAGUCGGCCAUUCGAGCGCAAAUCCGGCAAUGUCGUCAACAUCAUGAUUCAAGUCGUGCGGGUCCUUUCAGUAGCCUGUAUCUUGAUCUUUGUGGAGGAAUUCGCCAUUGCAGAGACAACACAGACGGUGGCCGGUGUGGCUCUCAUCGCCGUACAAGCCGCACUCGCCGGUAUCCUGGCCAUCCUGAUCAUUUACAAUGCCAUUGUUGUCUGUGUCAAGGCGAACCCGCACCGCAAGCGAAGAAAGGAAAUGGAAAAAAUGCAGCGUGACAUGGAUACACUCACACCUCUUGACGCGCGCAACUCGCUCCUUCUUGACCCCAUCAGAAAGGAUGAGCCUGGCGCGACAACGUUCUCUCUGGGCGAUCACGUUCACGAGAGCAAGCAACCUCUGACUAGAGGACAGUCUCCUGAGCGAUACAUGGGCGCAGAGCCGGCCAACCCCUACUCCCUCUCUUCGUACAACCGGCCACUGACGUCCGGUCAACCAUAUGCGGCCGACCAGAGCCACGAACAGCUUCUGGGCAGUGCAGCGCCAAUGGGACGAGAACCGACGGUACCCAAUGUCGGGGGCUAUGGUGGUUACCGGCGACCCGGCGGCUAUUAA